GUGUCUUUUGAUUCGACAGCGAGCGAGAAAAAAGCUUUUCGUAAAUAGUAUGAUUAAAGAUAACUAAUCAACUAAUUUUUAUUUGCACAUAAUAUUAUUUAAUGAUGAAUUAGAACAAAGUUUAAUUUUAGGCAGCACUAUCCACGCACUGUGAAGAAUUUUCUGUUUUAAAAUAAUGAUUUAAUGCGAUUUCGGAGGAACGCGGCACAGCUAAUCAAGUUCGCUGCUUUGUUCUUUUUAUUUGUCUUCCUUUUCUCGCCCAGGAACCACAACAGAAUUGUCUUGUCGUUGCUGACAAAGUUAAUAAGGAACUAUUAAUUAUAAAAACUGCUUUAGUUGUACGACAGCUGUCACAAAACCAUUCAGUGUGCUCAUAACCAUUCGCACUGUCAUCGUAGCACGCGCCGGACGAAGCUAUUUGUUGAUUGAUCGCUUGUAAAUGUAACAUAUUACCGUGCACCAAUCUUAAUCUUUCACAAUGGGAAUUCUGGAGAAGAUCUCGGAAAUUGAGAAGGAAAUCGCGCGAACACAGAAAAACAAAGCUACCGAGUAUCAUUUGGGUUUGCUGAAAGCGAAACUCGCCAAGUACAGGUCCCAGCUUUUAGAACCGCCGAAGAAAUCUGAGAAGGGUGAAGGCUUCGACGUGCUGAAGUCGGGAGAUGCCAGGGUUGCGCUCAUCGGUUUCCCGUCGGUCGGCAAGUCCACCCUGCUCAGUACCUUGACUGCUACCCAGUCGGAGGCUGCGUCCUACGAGUUCACCACCUUGACGUGUAUUCCCGGUGUUAUCGAGUACAAAGGUGCCAACGUACAAUUGCUAGAUCUGCCUGGUAUAAUCGAAGGAGCAGCGCAGGGAAAAGGACGAGGUAGACAAGUAAUAGCGGUCGCCAGAACCGCGGACCUGGUUCUCAUGAUGCUGGAUGCAACCAAACAGGACGUUCAACGACAACUCUUGGAGAAGGAGCUGGAAUCGGUCGGGAUACGGCUGAAUAAGAAAAAGCCGAAUAUAUAUUUUAAAGUGAAGAAAGGCGGCGGGUUGGCCUUCAAUUCAACGUGUCCCCUGACGAAGGUAGACGAGAAGCUAGUUCAAAUGAUUCUGCACGAGUAUAAAAUCUUCAACGCCGAGGUACUCUUCCGUGAGGAUUGCACUGCGGAUGAAUUGAUCGACGUCAUCAAUGGGAACCGUGUAUACCUCCCCUGCCUUUAUGUAUAUAAUAAAAUAGACCAGAUAUCGAUAGAAGAAGUUGAUCGGAUUGCUAGACAACCCAAUAGUGUCGUAGUUAGUUGUAAUAUGAAGUUGAAUCUCGACUUCUUACUGGAGAUACUGUGGGAAUAUCUGUCUUUGAUAAGAGUGUACACGAAAAAACCUGGACAGCCACCCGACUUCGAUGAUGGUUUGAUAUUGAGGAAAGGCGUAACGGUGGAACAUGUGUGUCAUGCGAUUCACCGCACGCUCGUUCAACAGUUUAAAUAUGCUUUUGUAUGGGGCACAAGCACCAAAUAUUCGCCCCAGCGAGUAGGAUUGCAACAUGUGAUACACGAUGAGGAUGUUGUACAAAUAAUGAAAAAAUAAAUCCUCUCGGAAUUAACAAAUUCAUCGGUGACAAAAUGUGGAUAGCAAUAUAGGCCUUACUUAGCCUUCUCUAUAUUUUGUUUACAUAUUAGGUGUAUAUGUGUAACAAAAAUGCAAGCAAAUUACUACACUAUCACUACUACUAUUAUUGAUAAAAUUCGACGGUUUUAGCAUGGAUGUGUAUGAUAUGCGCUUGAAUCAUAUAUUUUAAGAACCUUAUGAUCCGCGUGCAUUGUUCCAAUAAAAUUUGUAAAAA